AUGGUUGAAGAUCCCAAAGAAUUAUGGGACUGCCUUAAUGAAAGAUUUGGACACCACAAAAGGGUGCUCCUUCCUAAGGCAUUAUUUGACUGGACAAAUUUACGGUUCCAGGAUUUCAAAUCUGUAAUAGAUUACAAUUCAACCAUACAUGAGAUAGUAUCUAUAUUGAGAUAUUGUGAUCAUCCAGUCACCGAUGAACAAAUGAUUGAAAAAACACUCACUACCUUUCAUGUAAGCAACAUACUGUUGCAAGAACAAUAUCGUGAAAGAGGUUUUAAGAAGUUUAAUGAAUUAAUGAGUGUAUUGCUUGUUGCGGAACAAAAUAGCGAUCUUUUGUUGAAAAAUCAUAAUCUCAAACCAACUGGGUCUUUGGCCACUCAUCAUGAGGCAAAUGCAACAAGUUCUUAUCCACUCGAGGCAAAUGCUGCACGAAGAGGUGGACGUGGAAAUUACAAUGGCCGUGGAAAAGGCCGUGGAAAUUAUCGCAGACGAGGCCGAGGACGUGGUAGAAACAAUUUUCAAAGAAACAGUAAUUUCAAAAAUUUUGAAAAACAGAAGGGACAGUCAUCAGGAAGCCACAAACAAACUCUUUCAAAAGGAAAAGACACAUGUUACAGAUGUGGCAUGACAGUCCAUUGGGGACGUACUUGUCGUACGGCCAAACAUUUGGUAGACCUUUACCAGGCUUCUGUAAAAGGCAAAGAGAAAAAUGCAGAAGCAAAUUAUGUUAAUGAAGAAAAUGCUCCAUGUCCUACCCUUGAUGUGUCCGAUUUCUUCAUGGACAAUGCUGAAACUGGGAAUGAUUUCAUCUUUGGAGAAAAUAACAAUGCUUAA